AUGGAUUAUAUCCCGCCGCGGGUCAAGUUGAGCGACGACACCUUUGUCUUCCUCGACGGCAAGUGGGUGAACGAAAGCUACAUCCAAUCAGCGUUCGCUUCCUCUCCGGAGAGUCUCCAGAAACACACUGGCAGGAAGAUCCGUAGUGACUGGACUCUCUGGGAGGAGAACAAGGCCCUUUGGGAAGAGAAUAAGGCCCUGCGGAUGGAGAACCGGGCCCUCCGGGAAGAGAACAAGGCCCUGCAGUGCUUGCGGAUGGAGAACAAGGGGAUUCAGGUCAUCUACGACGAGAGUCUCCAGCAGGUGCUCCAGCAAGACAAGAAGACUUUGGAAAGCCUUCCACACUUAGGGCUCCCGAACGGUAUAGAAAACAAAGCCCUUCAAGUUCUCCGAGAAGAGAACAAAGCCCUCCAGGUCUUUCAGGAGAACAAUGUCGCUUUCAAGAUCUUCCCGGACAAGGUCUUCCCUGAGAAGAAGAAAGCUGUUCUAGUCCCAGUUCUCCAGAAGGAAAAACUCACUGCCCAGUUACUAGGGAAGGAAGAGCCGGCAGUCCCCGAAACUAGCAAGGCUGUGACAGCCCAAGGAAACAGCACCAAAGCUACCCUGCCGGAGGCAGUCAAAGCCCUCUCAGAAAUGCAGGAGGAGAGCAGGACUUUGCCGGUCCUGGAGAAAAGCAAAAUCCCCAUGUCCCUGCUAGAGGAGAACGAGGCCUUCCUGACUGUCCAGAAGCUGAAACAAGUUCUGCUGUCCCUGAACCAGGCACUAAUGGAAGAAAAAGAAACCUUCCAAACACUCCAGGGAGAGAACAAAAUACUCUGGGAGGAGAACAACAAGCUGCAGGAGCAGCACAAUGCCACCAAAGGGGCGAUCCACAAGGCCCUGGCUCAGAUGGAUGCCUUGCAGCAGGAGCUGAGGGCCAUUGGCUUCCUGCUGGAGGCAGAGAAGGAAGCGAAGAAGCCGGAGAGUUGCUGA